GAGAGGUUCAAGAAAGUAAAAGAGAGACAGACAACCAACGAGUCUUCAAACACUGGACAUGAAAUUGGGUGGACUGAACAGUGAACACAGCGAGAUUCCCCGGCCAGCAGCAGCAUCAAGCAACGUGACGAGACACGACCAACAUUCCCUUACCUGUUUUGUGUAGAGAGAGAGAGAGAGAGAGAGGGAAUCCCUAUACACAAAGCAAAUCCCACUUUCUGUAGAUUAAUUAGC